AUGUUUCUCAAGACAUAUGGUACAUCAAAACCAACAAGGUACACUUUCUCUGAAGUAAAGAAGAUAACAAGACGGUUCAAGGAUAAAGUAGGACAUGGUGGAUUUGGAAGUGUGUACAGAGGCAAACUACCAAAUGGACUUCCUGUGGCAGUCAAGAUGCUAGAGAACUCUACAGGAGAGGGACAAGAAUUUAUCAAUGAAAUUGCAACCAUCGGACUGAUCCACCAUGCAAACAUUGUCCGCCUCCUGGGAUUUUUCUCCGAAGGAACGAGGCGGGCUGUUAUUUAUGAGUACAUGCCUAAUGAGUCACUGGAGAAACACAUAUUCUCGCAUGACUCGAAUAUUACUCGACAACUCCUAGUGCCUGAAAAAAUGCUAGAGAUUGCUUUAGGUGUCGCCAGGGGGAUGGAGUACUUACAUCAAGGAUGCAACCAGCGCAUUCUCCACUAUGACAUCAAGCCACACAACAUCUUGCUGGACUACAACUUCAAUCCAAAUAUUUCAGACUUUGGCCUUGCAAAGCUGUGUGCGAGGGACCAAAGCAUUAUUACCUUAACUGCAGCAAGAGGCACAAUGGGCUACAUUGCACCAGAGCUAUAUUCUCCAAACUUUGGGGGAAUAUCCUACAAGUCAGAUGUGUACAGUUUCGGCAUGCUGGUGCUUGAAAUGGUGAGUGGAAGGAGGAAUUCAGACCCAAGUGUUGAGAGCCAGCACGAGGUAUAUCUUCCGGAGUGGAUCUACGAGAAAGUCACCACUGAAGAAGAAUUGGGGCUUACUUUGGAAACGACACAAGAAGAGAAAGAAAACAUAAGAAAGCUGACUAUUGUGGCACUGUGGUGUAUCCAGUGGAACCCGAAAAAUCGGCCGUCAAUGACGAAGGUGGUAAACAUGUUAACGGGGAGGUUGCAGAGUCUGCAGAUUCCCCCUAAGCCCUUUGUCUCCUCUGAAAAUCAUCCCAUGUCAUAA